AGCAACAGUUUGCAACACUCGUUGACAUAAUCAUUUCCACACGGAAUACGAAAAGAAGAAUGUGUUUACCAUUGGUGACAAUAGUGCUAGCAACUGUUGUUGUUGUUGUCAUAAACCAUGAAUGUAAGGACUAUGUUCUGUUGGCAUCAGACCAGUCACUGAUAGAUAUGAUGAAACAAUACUUACGUACGUCAAGAAUAGAGGAAUGUCAAAGAAAAACAUCAAAUACAGGAGUGACUUUUGUGCGUUGGGGAAAAAAAGAAUGCCCAAAAGGAUCUGAAAUAGUGUAUACAGGCCAAGUCGGUGGGAAUGACCAUGAAAGUAAAGGAGGUGGUGUGAACUAUUUAUGUCUCCCGAAUGAUCCAGAAAAUGGACAGCAUCAAUCAUAUAACAAUAACCAGGUAUAUGGAGGUGAAUAUGAACUGUAUUAUUCACACAAACCAUUAGGGUGGUCAGAAAGAAUGCACAACAAGGAAGUGCCAUGUGCAGUAUGUUACCAAAAACGAAGAUCAGCUGUUUUGAUGAUACCAGGUCGAAAGACGUGUUAUAAGGGAUGGAACGCGGAAUACAAUGGUUAUCUGAUGAGUGAUCAUGUAAUAUACAACAAAAAAGAAUUUGCCUGUGUUGAUAUCAAUGCUGAACCGCUAGACAAUAAGAAUGGAAAUGAAAACGGAGCUUUAUUUUAUCCUCUCCGAACCAAAUGUGGCAGUUUAAGAUGUCCUCCGUAUAAAAAUGAAGUAGAUGUUCUUUGUGUCGUUUGUACAAAGUAAAAUGUUUGUCAUUAAUUGAAAUAUAAAUAAAGACUUGCUUUUGCUAUAUCAAUAUAUUAA